UCCAUCCUCAGAGCCAGCAGGGACUGGCCCUGCCAGACAUGGUGGAAGUUUCCAGCAGCUUCCCACAGAAGCCACCUCCGUGGCCCCCCUGGGUACAAAAACCAGGCUGUGCAAAACCAACACACUGCUGAACUGCAGAAGUAGAUUCACAGCACAGGUAGCCACGAGUCCCAAGGGGAAGGAGUUCAGUUUGCUUUCUGUCACAACAGAACUUCAGACUCAGAGGCUUCCUGGUGAAAACAGCCUCCAGCUGUACCUUGGUGGCUUCAGCAGCAGUUUUGGCUUACUUGCCAGAGCUCAGCAUUCUGUACUUGACUGACAUAAAUCUUACAUGUACUCUGCCCUGAUGCCUGUGAAGAUUCACCUCCUCAGGGAGACCAGGGUGUUACCAAACCCAUGAAAGUACAGGGACAAAUCUAGUGAUUGCUGCUACUGCCACAACUGCAUGGCCAGAGCCUCCUCCCACCAGGGAAGAGAUUCUGUUUGCACCUGUCUAGAAGCAGCUCAAUUGCUGGUCAGACUUUCAGAGAAGUCUCUUCAGGAUUUCCCCUUCCUGUUCCACCUACCCAACGGAUGUGAAAAAUGAUCACAGAAACCUGCCAUUAAAUGGAGCAAAAUGACUUCUGGACAUCAGGACAAGGAGAUCUCUGCUCAGAGACCAUUAGUUGUGGGCAAAAAAACACUCAGUGUAGGCUACAAAAGAGAGACAAGUGUGUGUCUGGGGACACUGGGGCAAGGAGGCUGGCAUCAGUGUGAAGUGCACUUGUGAAGGCCAGGGAGUGUCAGAAUAAAGAGAAAAUACAACAGCGUGUCUCCACAGGGGUGAGAGGGAGAGGAAAGAAAACAAGCAGACAACUCCAAAGUGCUGUCUGGUGAAAUGUGUUCAGUUCCAGAGGACAACGAAGCUUUGCAGAGGUAGGGACAGAAUAUUUUACCUGCUCAAGUGUCCUCCUGAAGUCAGGUUUGAAUUUAUUACUUUGUAUUCUCUUCUUUCAGGGUUGCAACUACACAGUGCAGAUAUUCCAGGCUCUUCUCUGAGUUGUGACAACUGUUCCCGUCCUGUAAUGGCCUGCUGGGCAUUCAGAGAGGAAAUUAUGGGAGCUGGUGGCACAUGAACAUUAGAAGGGUGUUAGAAACAACACAUCAGGGAGAGUGAGCAGGCCAGCAGUGAUCAGUGCUAAGCCAUUUCUCCUCCAAGAAACACCAAGGAGGGCAGUGCCAGGAAAGAAGAGGCAGCGGGGGUGAGGUGGUGAGGGUGUGACGGGACAGGAGGCACGGAGAAACGGGGACAAGAGGCACCGAAGAGGGGACGCGGGAACAGUGAAACAAAAGAUUUUCCAGAGAUCACUUGAACUAACAAAAUGAAUGUAUCAAAAAUAAAUGUAUAAAAAAAGAAUGUAUCAAAAAUGAAUAUAUCAAAAAUGAAUGUAUCAUGUUUGUAGAAUCAUGUGUUAAAUUUUAAGAAACCUCUGCACAGAAAGGCAUAGGAAAGAAAAACAAAGAUCUCUAAAGCUUCUUGCAAAAAGACAAAUACCAGAAAAGACCAAGAAUGCCAAGACUUCAGACAAGGAAGCCCUAUGUCUCCAACAUGUCAAGGAUGAUGAACUUAUCCAGAUAGGAGAGCAAAGGACCAAAAGCGCAAGCGCAGAGGAGAAGAGUUCAACAGUUCAAUGCAGAGGAAGAUGAUGAUCUGAAGCUCAAAAACCACCAGGGAUCCCCAUAAAAGCCCCCACAAAGAACUACGCAUGCCCAGAAGGGCGUGGACCUAUUUAGCAUGAGAAGCGAAGACAGGCGGGGCCAGGGGUUGAAUAUGCAUAGAAAAGUCGUGUAAUAUAUUGCAUAUAGAACACCCUUGUGAAUAAAGUCGGGGGGCAAACUUCAGCUCGGGGCACAAGAUUUCGGAGAGUUAUCUCACUUGUGCCGGGCGCUGUCAUACAUACCCACUUCAUAACUACCUCGAGUUGUGGAGUCUAUUUAUUUAUUCCGCACAUCGCUUCAGCAGGAGGCACCGUGGGCCGGGCGGGACUGGGUGAGACAGCGGGGCUGAGGCGGAGGAACGCGGAGGCACCGUGGGGCUGUCUGUCGGUGAGGAGGGGGCCGGGCAGGAGCUCCGGGCCCGGCGGCGGCUCCGCGGCCGGGCGGGCGGAGCGGGGCCGCGCUCGGUUUGUUGUGGUAACGGCCGCCAUGGCGGCGCGGCCGCCGCUGCCCGACUCGGUGCUGCUGCGGGUCUUGGCGCUGCUGCCGCUGCGGGACCGGCUGCGAGCGGCCAGGGUCUGCCGGCGGUGGCGGCAGCUGGCGCAGGACCGAGCGCUGUGGACACAUGUGGAUUUGAGCCCUCACCGGAUCAGCCGCCGCACGCUGUGGCAGCUGCUGCGCCGCCGCCUCCCCGCCGGCCUCUGCACGCUGCGGCUGCGGGGCGCGUCCCGCUCCCGCCGCAAGCAGCGGCUCCUCUCGCCGGCGCUGCUGGCCGCCCUUCGGGAGCGCUGCCCGCAGCUGCACCGCCUUUGCCUCACCGAGACCGACCUCCGCCGUGUCCCGUACCACAGCAUGCCCGCCUCGGUCACCACGCUGGAGCUGAGCCUUUGCGACAUCCCCGAUGCCUGGUUCUGCGUUUCCCCUUCGGUGCCACCGCCACAGAGCCACUUGAAGACGCUGAGCCUUUGUGGCACCUACCGUGUCACUGAUACGGGGAUCCAAGCAGCAGCUCCACACCUGGAAGAGCUUGAACGCCUGACUCUGCGGCACUGCAUCAUCGGUGAUGCUGCCAUGGUGUUCAUCGGGCGCCACAUGAAGCAGCUGCGCUACCUGGAAAUCAGCAAUGCCUACUUCCUGACAAACAGGGGGCUGGGUGCUAUUGUGGCACUGGAGCGCCUGGAGACCCUGUGCCUUGACCUCUACGAUUUGGUCUCCCUUGGUACUGUUAUCGCUUUGUUGCAAGUGCUGCCUCGCCUGAACCACCUCAAAUUAGGUGGAACUUGCUUUGAAGAUGAACUCCUCGGUAAAAUUCAGGAGAAUUUUCCACAUUGCACCAUAUCUCACAGGCUGUGACAGCCUGAAGUGCUAUUCUUCCUUAGUACACCUGAAGUGCUCCUUUUCCUGUAGCUUUGGGACAGAAUUCCCAUUGGCCUUAAAAUAUUACAGUUUUUUCACAUAAAUAUGUUACAGAGUUUGUCAUGUAAAUAAGGUUUUUAACAAGCUUUUGGUAGGAUUCCCCCCUCCUUGUUUUCCAUGGAUCAGAGGAAUAGGAAAGCUGGGAAGCACACCCAGCCUUUGGGAACCCCGCUGACCAAAAACUGGGGUGAUGACAAGUUUAAGCUCUGUCUUCUCCUCUUUCUCCACUGCCGAAGGUUAGGCUGCAGCUUAAUGAGUGCAGAAUUCAAGGAGUGAAGUGAAGCACCAAUCUGUUACAGAAAAAACAGACCUGGCAGCCAAAACAUCACAAUUACCAAUUCCUUCUCUUUUCCUUCAAAUUCAGAUCUUCAAGUCACUUGUCAGACUGGUCAUGAGGAUCCCUGAACACCUGGUCCCAAGAGCCACACAUCCUGUUUGCCCCCAGGCAUUGCUGGGGCUGCUGUUACCUCUGGUUUUGCUGGUAACAUCCACGUUUUCUUACCACCUUUUAUUGUCUGUGUUCGCAUCAUCUUCCUCCCCCAUCCCCCAGUAUCCUAACACCAGAUAACCACCUAAAUGUUAGUUGUUAUUCUUAAUUUUUAGUCGAUAUUUUAAAGCAAAUAUUGUAUUUAUUUUAAGAAACUUGCAAGCUUUUAAUUUUCA